AUGGAGCGAGCCAGCGCUGAGCCGCUCGCCGCCUCGCCGGCGCGCGAGCGGUGCAUCGAUCGAGCUGCGGAGCAGAGGUUGGUCGCGCCAGCAGGCUGCAUGCUGAAGCACCCCUGGCGCUUGGUCGGGGUGUGCGGGUCGGGCGCCAACGACAAGCUCCUGAAGAAACGCUACUGCGUGUUUGAGCACGACGGCUCGAUCGCCGAGUUGAAGGGCUUCGAGGUGAAGCGCCGCGGCGAGCUCCGCCUGAUCCAGGUCUUCCAGACGGAGGUCUUCCCGGAGUUCCUCAAGGGGACCACCAAGCAGGAAGUGUACGACUUAGUCGGCGCCAUGGCUAACCGGUGGCUGGACGUCAUCGAGUCGAAGGGCAGGACGAUGACCGACGACGAGGUGAUAUACUUCUUCUCGGAGUCGAAGUCGAUGUCCAAGUCGGUCGAGGCAAGUGGCAAUUACAAGUCCGUGCAGAUCACGACGGCGAUACGCCUUGCUGAGUUCCUCGGCGUCCCCGACAUACUGAAGUCAGAGAGUCUCAGCUGCCACCUGCUCAUCGCGAACAAGCCUCACGGGGCCAGCGCGACACAGCGGGCCAUUCCCGUGAAGAUUUUCAGCGCCGAGUACGAGGUCAAGAAGCAGUGGCUCAGACGCUGGCUCGGGGACAACACCCUCAACGACUUCGACAUGCGUAACAUCAUCGACUGGGACUACUACAGGGAGCGGCUCGUCCAGGUCUUCCUCAAGCUGAUCUGCAUUCCUGCUGCCUAUCAGGAAACAUCUCGAACCCGUGCCCCCGCGUGA